AUCAAGUCAGAUAGUGACUAUUCAGCACAUAGUGUGGUAAAAUGGUGUCCCAGAGGACGAAAUUGAACCUUAUCCUUCUCAUUAGUCUGUGCAUUGUCAAUAUUGAAGAGAGUGAAUCAGGAGAAUAUCAAUUUGGCUUCACACUUGAUGAAUCAGGAAUAAUCACUGUUGAUUUUGGGGCGGUCCAGUUUUCUUUCUAUGAUAAUUACACAGUUGCAGUUAAUUCUACUGGCUGUGUAUGGAUGGUUGACAUGAGCGGACCACUAAUUGAUGAGGAGGAAACGAAAAAAGGAACUCGUAACGGUUCUUUAGACUGUGAUACGUGGCAUGUGUAUCCAUACGCAAGGGUCAGACCUGAUCGAGUACUUUUUAACAAGGAAAAGUAAUGGAUGGCUGUGCAAAUUCCCAUUGGAUCUGCACUGAAAAAUGCAAAAUAACACUCCAUACUCAGUGCAUAACUGAACAAUAGCUUCAACUUUGCUCAUUCAAAUGCUUUGCUUAAAUAUUUUUAAAAACGUACACGCUUCUCUUUCUGUAGAUUAGGUCUUUUCGAAUAAAUGCAUAUUCAAAAAGUCUUUUCUUCUUAAUAAAACACGAG